CCCUACUAAAAACAGAAGCCAAAAAAAAAUUCGCAGCUGGAGAAGAAGGAAAAGCCAUAAAAGUGUGGAAAUGGAACCCAAAUAGACCAAAGAAGCCACCAGGACCAGGAUGAGUGCGGAGGAACAGACUAAUCUGCUGCGAGUGCUGAUCAACUGUGCGGAGAAGGCGGCCAAUAUAGCCAGGACAUGUCGCUCCAACGAGGAGCUGCUGGCCCUUCUCGUCCAGGAGAAGAGCGGAUCGGAGGCCAACGAGCGAUUCGAGCAUGACUUCAAGACCCUGGCCGAUGUCCUCAUCCAGGAGACAAUCAAGCACGAGGUGGCAGCGCUCUUCCCCGCCAUGCAGGAUGCGAUCCUGGGCGAGGAGUCGCCCAACUUCACCAACCAACUGGGCGAAAGUGUCACAAUUGCAGUGGGAUCAAGUGAGGAGGACACCGCCUCCUGUCUGCAGGCUGUCCUCAGUGGCCACGAAGGAGCGGCCAGUGCCCUGGCCAAGGAAGUCCACCAGGAGGUCAGCUUCACCAGCGAAAAGCUGGGCGAAAUCCCUCAACUGCCGGAGGAACUGGACUACGCCAAUCUGGGCAUCUGGAUCGAUCCCAUUGACGCCACCGCCGAGUACAUUUCGGGCGACACCAUGUUCACCGACUUUCCCGGCAUCACAUCCACAGGUCUGGACUGCGUCACCGUGCUGAUUGGCGUCUACGAGCGAGACACCGGAGUGCCGGUCAUCGGAGUGGUGGCUCAGCCUUUCGGCGAGAAGCUGGAGGAGAAUGUGUACAGCUCCUCGAUGUUCUGGGGCGUUUGCCUGCCCACAUUGCAGGCCCACAACUGCAAUUUCGAGGCGAGAGACGAGAACCGUCGGCUGGGAAUCUUCUCGAGCUCGGAGCAAUCCGAUAUCCUUCAGCGCUUCCUCGAUCUGGGCUACGAGUUUGCCUUUUCCGCUGGUGCGGGCCACAAGGCUCUGAAGGUGAUCACCCAUGAGGUGGACGUUUAUCUGCUAAGUAAGGGAUCGACCUUCAAGUGGGACACCUGUGCUCCUCAAGCCAUUCUGCGCGCCCUCGGCGGCGAAGUCCUCGAUUAUGCAGCCAGUGUGGCGGAGCAAAAGGCCGUACCGUUAAAGUACCUGAUGGAGGACUCGGAAUCCGAUGCCGAUUGGAAGCGAAAUGCUGGCGGUUUGAUCUCUGUGCGCGAUGUCAAUGUUGUGGAGGAACUGCUCGCCAAAUUGUGCGAGCAAUGAAUGUUGUUUGUUAUUGCUGUAAUCUCAUUAUUGCUGUUGUAAUUGACUCGAUGUAUGUAUGACUUAGGGAGUGAGUCGAAUUGUAGAGAAUAGAAUCAUUGGUACAAAAAUUAAUCCAAUUUAUAGCCACAGAAAGUAUAAAUCCACUCAUUAUCCAUAUUCUCAAGCAAACUUUAGUACAAGAACGUAUCUGCCUUAUUUAUUAAAAGAAAUUUGAAAUUUUCAUUGUCCUUAA